AUUGAUUUUAGGACGGGUUUAAACUAAAGUUGUUUUCGCCUUUGCAAGUGAAUGAGGUGAUCGCUUUAGCAACAUAUUUUAUUGAAUCACAAAAAUGACAACCUAGACUGUAUCAACACAAAGUUCACAUGCACUUUUGAUAUAUUUUUUGUCUCAAAUAUCAUCGCCAAAAGUCACAAUAGGAAAUCGAUAGCCCCAUAGAAAAAAGUGGACUCGUCUGAUUAUGAAGGAUGGACAAGGCCGAAGUUUGUAAUGACGUAACUGUUCAAUGUUUAUAGAAAAAAUAUUGAAAUUUUAAACCAUGGCGGAAAGUGAUUUUUGUGAAUUUCCUCCUGGAAUGGAUCCGCAUAUAAUGGCACAAUUGCAGCAUUUUUCACAGAGAACAGGCGCAGAAAACUUUGGAAAUGAUGGGAAAACUGCUGGAUAUUACAUGGACAGCUACAAUACCGCUGAUAUUGGUAAUUUACCUCACAACAUGGCUGGUCAUUCACAAGACAACAGUGUUUCCAUGGGAACUACAGCAAGCACAGCAACUGCUGGGCUGUAUGAACCACAUCCUGUUAAUUACGCAAUGAAACAAGAAAAAAAUUUACCUCCAACUCCACCAGGCAGUCCAGACCGACCAAAACAAAUGAGAAAUCCUGCUGUUACAGUACACCAUAGAAGUAACAUGGAUACCAUUGAACCCUCCUUACACCAUGACAUGUCAUUACAAAACUACCUUGCCAAACCAGUUGCCAUGAGACGAUUGUCUGAAAAAAGUAUUUCCCAUGCUCGUUCAUCAUUAAUUAGUCCAGAUGCAGUAUUAGAAUCUAUGUAUAACCCAGCAGCAGCCAGUGCCUCUCCAACCUUAGCUAGAGCUUUAGCUGCAGUUCAGCAAACACAGAAAAGGCCAAGAAGUGAAAAGAAAGCUAUACCUAAUGAGCAGAAAGACGGCAAGUAUUUCGAAAGAAGAAAAAGAAACAAUAAUGCUGCCAAAAAAUCCAGAGAUGCCAGGAAAUCAAGAGAAGAUGAAAUUGCAAUAAGAGCAAGCUUUUUGGAAAAGGAGAAUGCCAUUUUAAGAGCUCAAGUGGGAACAUUACGAGAAGAGGCAUCAUCACUAAAACAUCUGUUACUACAGAAACGUGGAAGAACAUGACAUACGUAUUAAAACAUUCUACCUAAGAAGAAUGUGUUCUGAUAUUCCGGUGUUCUUAUAUAUUAUUGUAUUUUGAUUAAUGUCCAUAUAUUAGAAGUUUUUUAUUAUUAUUUUUUGGUAUUUUAGCUUCCAGACUAAGUAUUACAAAUUUUUAAUUCCAAAAAAAAAAUGUAUUUGAAUAAACAAUAGUUGUGUAACCUGAAAUAUUUUCAGAUAGUGUGUAUAAACCAAUGUUAUUAAAUAUUUAUGAAUCAAAUUAAUAUUCAAGGGAAAACAGUAAGGUAUUUUUAUUCUUUGUUUACAAAAUUAAUAACUGUCUUUGAACUAUGAGUUAUGUAAUGAGUUGAAAACUUAACAUAUGUUUUAAGAAAAAACAUUUUUUGUCGGUUUUUAAAUCUUCUUUUGUCAAAUGCAACAAUUGCAAAGAAUUGGCAACUGACUGAUGAAAUGGUAAUCUAUUUAAAGAACUCCCCUCCAAAACUUAAUGUUCAGUUAAACAUUGAAACAACCAAUUUACAAAAGAUUUUUCUUGACAAGGGAAACACAUUUUUUUACAUGAGGUUAAAAAACGGAAGAUAUACCAUACAGUAUAGGACUUUUAAUUAAAUUUUAUUACAGUUUCCUCUUUGAAAUCAGAGAAUACUGUUUUGUUUGACAUUAAAAGUAACUUCAACCAAUAAGUAUAAUGUUGAAAUCUAGUAUAACAUCCUUGCUACAAAUUUCUGUUUACAAACAUAAAAGUAAUUUGUACAUUUUGAACAGGGUAUAUAUAUAUAUCCUUUUAGGUCAUAUUGUCUGUGAUAAAAUUACUUUACAACAAAUAACCUCAUAUAAAAAAUAAUACAAAACCAUUUUUUUUUAAUUAAAUAAUUUACACUAUUAUAAAGAAACCUUGAUUCAUAAACAUUUAAAACUUAUAUUGCUGAAAAGAUGUUAUGCAUGAACUUAAUUAAAUGUUAAAGUAUCCUACAAUACUGAAAGAUUUCUUGUCUUCCUGAAACUAUGUCCAAAAUAUUAACUGCUGCUAAAAUAAUUUGAAAGAUUGUGAUGAAGGAUUGUUUACCACUGGUUUUACUGUGGGUUUAAUGCUGAGAGACAGUUUUCACAUUGGAUCUCACAAUGGUAUUCUUCAAUUAAAAAUAAAAAGGGGUGGUUAUAAACCGCCCUAAAAAAGAAGAAAAUUCUGAAUCUUUGAAAUAAAUAUAUAAUAAUAAUCAAAAUGAUGUUAAUUAGUCUACUGUCUUAUAAGUUUAUGUAUGUAUGUGAUAAGUAUCUAAUCAUGGAAAAUUAAAGUAAGCUAUGCAACUAUAUUAAAACCAAUCAAAAUAAAAAUGCACUCCAUGCAAACUUAUUUCCUAAUACUAGUUAUCAAUAUCUGUUUUUAUAUAGUUAUAAAGUUAAAAACAAAAGCAAUAUUUGUUAUGCAUUAUAUGAGUAAUACAAAAUAAUCCUAGGUUUUAUCAAAUGUUUAUUGUUUUGUUUUUGAUCUCGGUGAUAUCAUUUCAUGUUUUGUUACGAUUUAGUGAUAGGAAUGUUGAUAUUUUACAGUUUGUAUUGUUAUACUGUGUAAAGCAGUUUCCAUGGUUACUAGUUCUAUUAAACAAUGUAAAAUGGUUUCCAUGGUUGCUUGUUCUGUUAGUCAGUUUUAAACAGUUUCCAUGGUUACUAACUGCUAAAUUGUUUAAAGCAGAUACUUUAGUGAUUAUUUGUGUUAAAUUGUUUCAACCAAUUCCCAUAGUAUCAGAUUUAUUACAUAGUAAGGUUGCGUCACCUUCUUUCUAGAAUGAAGGUGAUUGAAGUUAUCCUCUCCAAUGAUUCAGUUUGUUUGUUUGUAAGACCACUAUUCCUGUCAGGGCUUGCAAGUGUGUUAUUUUGGUCUUCUCUAAAAGAGGGUGAAUUGUCAUUAACCUUAAAUUGCCCCAUGCAGUCUUCUGGUGAAAAAUAAAAAAAAGAGUUCUGAUAAAUUCAAGCACACGAAAAAGAAAAUAUUAGCAAUAAUCUGAUACUGUAUGCAGUUUGGUGAAAACAAAAACGUUGGCCUGAGCUUAAUGUUUUUUCAGUAAAUAUGUUAAAUUGUAUAUUUUUAUGUAGAUUUGUAGUUUUGAAAUAACUUAGUUAUAUAUAUUCUUUAGUAAUUGUGUUAAUUUACAUUUAUUGUACUUUGUUUUUGAUAUGUAGAUUGUCCCUGCUGUUUGAUUUUUCACCUAUAAAUUGACAGAAAAGAUUUGAUAUAUUAACAGUAUCUUCAAUUAAUCAUUUUACAUGUGCAAUGAUAAUUUCCGGUGAUUUUUGUAUCUAACAGGGCAUUUUUAUAUUAUACUUCAUAAGAUAAUGAUUAUUUUGAAAAUAAGAUAAGUAAUACGGGUUAUAUUUUUUUGUUAUAUAGUGUCAAUUUUGUAAUGGGAAUAUUUUUUGUUUAAAUAAUUGCUCAAUUUAACAUCAGGUCAUAUAAACAUAAAAAAAAACUAAAUUCAUAGUUGGGUUAUGGUUGAAAAACCUAUAACUGAAAAUUAAAAUUUUAAAGUAUAGGACAUGGAUUAAACUUGUUUGGAUCCUAUAGACAGCAUCUUUUUAUAAAUGUGUAUUAUAGUGUCCUUUAUUAUGUGUGCGGGAUUUUUGGUCAGUGUUUUAGAUUGAGAUUGUGUUUUUCAUUUUUGUUAAAUGAUUUUGUUAAUACUGUUAUAUUUCAAGAUUGAAGUAAUAGUGAAUUGUUGAUUUUAUUGCAUUUAGCUGUAUAAUGUUAAACCUUAGAGGUAAAAAGCCUCAAAAUAAUUGGUAUAAGGUCAUAUACGUACAUCAAAAUUGCUAGCAGAACUGGCCCUUUGGACCUGUGUAAAAUAUUGCCAUUCAAUUUUAAUUAAAGUUGUCACAUUGGAAAUUUUGAGUACUUGAAAAGCACAAUAGUGCUGCUAAAUAGUUUGUGCUAAUUCAAAUUGUAUAAUAGUUUAAAUGUAUUUAUCAAAAAUCAGAAACAUGUUGGUUUUAUCCUGAAUGUACAUAUACUCCUUAAUCAUUUUUUGGAAAUUAACAUCUUUUUAAUUUAAGUAAAUUAUUGUGGUAUUAAAAAUUGAGUUAUGUGGGGGGAUGGUCAUUAAAAUGCCUUAUUGAAUUCAUAUGUUUAACGUAUUUCUUAUGCAUAUAGUUGUUAUAACCUUGACAUAGUUUGUGAUCUUGAACAUUUUAUUUGAAGGGGAAAUAUUUUUGUCAAAAAAGUCGUAGAUUAAAGUAACUUGAAAUAUUUUCACCUUAAGAGACGAAUCUCUCACAGUAAUAAUAAUCAUUCAUAUAAGUAAUAAGUGUUUGUUGAUAUUUCUGAAAAGUGACUUCAGAAGUCACAUGUUUAUUGAGCAGCAUACACUACACAAACCGAUCAUCUGUUUUCUAGGGUUUUAUAUAACAAUAAACCAGAUCUGCAUUAACCAUAUAUAAGUAAAAAAGAUUCUGUUUUAAAUGAGAAUCUGUGAAUUUCAUUAUUUUAAAGGAGAUAGGAAAAAAAAUUAUACAAUUUUAGAAUAUAUGCUUAAUUUGAAAGUUCAAUAAUAUUAAAUAUUUUUGUUGCUUUAAGAUGCCCAAGUACUUAAUGUUGUAUACCAAGGGCACAUAAUUAUAAUUUAGCCCACCCUUUUCUUUACCAAUGCAGGAACAUAUCAGUUAUUUCAUCUUGAAGAAUAGUGUUUCAUAUUUUUUACUAUGACCUCACAAUAUUCAGUGACAAAAUCUUCAAUAUCACAAACUUCAUAUAUUUCUUUUACAUAGGUGUUAAACAUAUAUUUCAUGAUUAUUCAAGAUCAUUAAAAAUCAAGUUCAGAUUACGGGUAAAGAUGUAAAAUCCAUAGGAGUGAUUACAUUUGUUGAUUCCUGCCUUGUUAAUAUGUUAAUGUUUUGUACAAUAAUGAUAUUUUUAUUAUAUAUCGAAUCAAUGAUCCAUCAAGUUCUUAUACAGCUUGAAAUACAUCUUUUAUACAGAAAUUUUGAAAGAAUUUGACAAGAUAAUUUAAAAAGCAAAUGUUCAUUUAAUUUCUUUCCGAAAAAAACAUGUGCUUUGCACUAUUUAAAACUUUCUAUUAAGGAUGUACACCUCUGAAGAGCCAAAAAUUUCUAGAAUUAAACUUUUUUUCUAAACCUGUUUUUUGUGUUCAUAUGACUGUAAAAAAAUAAUUGGUGAAGAAAAAAUCAUACGGUGGUGCACUUCUUUUUUUGCUGCAGCCCUUUGAAAGUACCCAAUUUUCAUGAUUUUCCCAUUUUUCAUCAGUUUUUACCUAUUUUUGGGCUCUUAAUCAUGAAAAAAAUCACAUUUCCACAAUUAAACUUUUUGUCAUACUUUCAAUAAAGAUGAAGGGGACCAAUCUGAAUAAAUUUUAAUUUAAAAAACUAUAGCUAGGUGUUAAUAUAAGAAAGUUUUAUCAUAUUUUGAUGCUUUUUUGUGUCAAAUUUACCAUGUUGUCAAUUUUGUAAAUUUGUGAUUUUUCUCCGUUUUAAGUACAAAUUGCAUAUUUUUUCAACUUCUUUGUUAUAAAUGAUUGAAAACAUACAUAUCUAAGAAAUUUGAAAAGAAAAAAGGGAUGUGGGAUGUACAUGUUUCUGGUAAAAUCAUUUUUUGUAUCCCUCACCUAUUUUCUCGAUAUUUUGGCUAAAAAGACUGACUCGAUUGGUAAUAAAAUUUGAAAAAUGUAUUACUCAAAAACUACUCAUUGGAAAUACCCAAUUUUUUUACAGAGUUGAGUUUGAUUAUUACAUUUUUUAAAUUCAUUCAUAUUUUACACUUGUAUCUCAUGUUUUAGACAUAAUUCCAGAACGAGAUUUCAACGAGACUGAACGAGACUGAAAUGUCAGAAGAAUACAUCCUUAACAAUUUUACAAUAAAAGUUUAUGCAAUUAUUUACUAAUACUGCAAAAAAAAAACUUGAAUCCUAAGGGAGAUAGUUUAAAUUGUUUCCCUUUAUUCACAGUUUAAAUAAAUAAAUGACAAUUAUAUAUAUCUUCCUCAUUGAUAUUUCAAAAUAUAAACUUUAUUAUAUGUUAAUAGAUCAUUUAAUAGUAUGUUUCUUUUUUCCAAGAUUUCUGUAUAAUAGAUGUAAAAGGAUUUAUGAUUCGUUGAUUAUACAAGUUCUACCUCAGGGAUAUGAUGUGUAAAUUUCUACCUCAGUUUGACCAUUUAUGUGCAUGUUUAUAAUAAACAAACUGCAGGUCAAUGUA